GUAGAACCUAAACGAAACACCAGCAAGGAACAGCAAAGAUCCUGUAGCCAAACAAAGCCCCAAAGUGUCAGUCAGUCGUGAGAGUUCUCGCAAGUCUCAGACAAGUUAGGUCGCUUCCAGACUAACAGACGCCGUGGUAGCGCACGUUUUUAUCAUGCGCACUCCUCCUCUUACCUCUCUUCGUUAGUCCACUGUCCAUGGCUCCAUUGAAGACCGAUUCUCCCAUCUCUCGUCGCAUCGUACGUUCCUUCUUGGAUUUCCUCAACUCAGUUGAACCAGCUUCUGGUGUUGAUCUUGAAAGCCUUGAGGUUGCAAAGGAAUGCUUGCAGGAGACUUUUAAGCUUAAUAUACCUGCUACUGAUGAUUGGAUUAAACCCGUUUCGUUGGUUGAUAUUUUUAGUUCACUGGAGUUGAACAAGCUUCAGGAGAAUAAUUCUGAUCAUGGUCAUGGAUCGAGCUCAGUUGAUGCUCCUAGUUCAUCAGCCGCUCAGGGUUCUGCUGAUGCCAAUCUUUCAAAGGCAUCAAAAUCUCUGGGUGAAGAUUUGACAAGUAAAGACCAUGCAUUAGGGGAGUCCAAAGAUGCACUCUUUGGGCAAUUCUUUUCUGCCCUUGAGAGAAGUCUCUAUUUUAAGACCUUGCCUGAUGGUAAUGAUGACCCAGUCAGAUUAGACAAAGCGACUAAUUUAUUCCAUGAUGCUUUAGCUGAGAUGGAAAGAUCUGGAUGCUGGGAAUUCAGUCCUAAAAAUCUGGCAGAGACCUUGAAAUCACAAGGUAAUAAGGCCAUGCAAUCAACGCUUUAUCCCAAGGCAAUUGAGUUGUAUGACUGUGCCAUUGCACUUUGUGAAAGUAAUGCUGUUUACUACUGUAACAGGGCAGCGGCUUACACUCAGAUGCGCAAAUAUACUGAAGCAAUCAGAGAUUGCCUUAAAUCCAUUGAAAUCGACCCCAAUUAUAGCAAGGCAUACAGUCGUCUGGGAUUAGCUUAUUAUGCACAAGGGAACUACAGUGAUGCUAUUGAGAAAGGAUUCAAGAAAGCAUUGCUAUUGGAUCCGGGCAAUGAAGCUGUCAAAGAAAAUAUACGGGUGGCUGUUCAGAAAUUGAGAGAGGAACAACAACGAGCAGAAUCUGGUCAGAAUACAAGUUCGUUUAGUAGUAGCAGUGCUUCAGAACACCCCAACCAGUCUACAGGAGGGUCGAGAAGACAACAUUCUCCAGAUAACCAAGGAGAUGAUAGCAGUACCGAGGGAUUUGAUGAACCAGGAAUAAGGAUUGGGGGUAACAUCAAUUUCAAUUUCGGAGAACAAAUGCCCGAGGAACUAAGCGGAGCUUUGAGAUCGGUGAUGGAAAUGUUUUCCGGAACAACAGCAUCUCAGGGAAAUUCACAAGAUACUUCAAAUGAAAGACCAAGGCCGAACUAA